CUGGAGCUGCUUCCUCCUCCUCCGUCUCUCUCUCUAUCUCUAUUUUUCUCUCUGUCUGUCUGAACUUCUUGCAUUUUUACAGCAUGUGCAACUCUGAUUUCCAUUGUUGUUGUCAUGUGAUUAUUUACAGAAACAUUUAAUUUGCACUGGAUUUUUUCUUUGCAUAAGAUUUUUUUCCCCCCAUGAAAGCGUGAAGCUUUCAAUAGACAGAGAUCCUCUUCAGUCAGACCAGCCCCCCUCCCCCUCCACCAUGAACUUCUCCUCCAGCCUGGUGGAGGGGGCGGAGCUGUACAGCGCCAGCUCCUCCCCGGUAUCUCUGGACUCCAGUGUGUUUUUCAGCGGGUCAACAUUGUCCUGCCUGGGAGACCCGCUCGACUUCUUCAUCAUCAACGUUGGAGGAAGUCGCUAUGUGCUGUCGCAGGAGCUGCUGGCGUCCUACCCGGAGACCCGGCUGGGGAAACUGGCCAGCUGUGGCCGAGACUCGGCGCUGGAGCUCUGCGAUGAUGCCGACUUCCUGGAAAACGAGUUCUUUUUCGACCGAAACUCACAGACCUUCCAGUAUGUGAUGAACUACUACAGGACGGGUCACCUGCACGUGAGGGAGGAGCUGUGUGAGAUCUCCUUCCUGCAGGAGAUCGAGUACUGGGGCAUCGACGAGCUUCGCAUCAACCCCUGCUGCCGCGAGCGCUACUACCGCCGCAAGGAGCAGAAGGAGACCCUCGACGUGCAGCCGGAGUUUGAGCCCGAGGAUGCCGAAGAGGACUUUGUGGGUGCCGCCUGUCCGGAUCUCCGUCGCCGCCUGUGGGACCUGCUGGAGAAACCCGACUCGUCCCUCGCCGCCCGCACCUUCGGCUCGCUCUCCAUCUUCUUCGUGGUGGUGUCGGUCGUCAACAUGGUGCUCAUCUCGCUGGACUUGGGGGAGGACUUCGGCGUGCAGGACGUCGGCGUCGGUGCACCUCUGCUCUUCGACGCCCUGGAGUACGUGUGCGUGGUGUGGUUCACCGGCGAGCUGGCUCUCCGGUUCGUCUGCGUGAGAGACAAGUGUCGCUUCAGCCGAAGGAUUCCCAACGUGAUCGACCUGCUGGCCAUCCUGCCGUUCUACGUGACGCUGGCGGUGGAGAGCCUCCACGGAGGAUCCACGGAGCUGGAGAACAUGGGCCGCGUGGUGCAGGUCCUCCGACUCCUCCGCUCGCUCCGCAUGCUGAAGCUGGGACGACACUCGACAGGCCUGCGGUCUCUGGGUCUGACCAUCGCUCAGUGCUACGAGGAGGUCGGCCUCCUGCUCCUCUUCCUCGGCGUGGGCAUCUCCAUCUUCUCCACGGUGGUCUUCACGCUGGAGCACGACCUGCCCGCCACCACCUUCACCAGCGUGCCGGCGGCCUGGUGGUGGGCCACCACCUCCAUGACCACGGUGGGCUACGGGGACGUGCGUCCCGACACGGCGGCGGGGAAGCUGCUGGCCUUCCUCUGCAUCCUGUCGGGCAUCCUGAUCCUGGCGCUGCCCAUCGCCAUCAUCAACGAGCGCUUCUCCGCCUGCUACUUCACCAUGAAGGUGAAGGAGGCCGCCGCACGCCACGGAGACGUGCUGAGGAGGCUGGCGGCCCGCGGCUCGGUGGGCGGGGCCAGCCAGGGGGGAGGGGCCGGGGGGGGCGUGAACCUGAGGGACGCCUACGCCCGCAACAUCAUGGAGAUGUUGAGGCUUCAGGGCCGAGACAGGGGGAGCACCAGGAGCAGCGGGGGGGAGGAGCUGUGGUGGUAG